AUGGCGAUUUGGGCGAAGCUGCCCGGCUGCCGCCAGCUGGUUCUGCUGUGCCUUUUUCUGGAGCUGUUGGAAGCCCAAACAGGGAAGAUCCUCUACUCUGUGCCAGAAGAGACAGACAGAGGUUUCUUCGUGGGCAACAUCGCCAAAGACCUGGGGCUACAGCCACAGGAACUGGCGGAGCGCGGAGCCCGCAUCGUCUCCAGAGGUAGGACGCAGCUUUUUGCUUUGAACCCCAGAAGCGGCAGCUUGGUCACCGCGGGCAGGAUAGACCGGGAGGAGCUGUGCGCUCAGAGCGCGCGGUGCCUAGUAGAUUUUAACAUCUUAGUAAAGGAUAAAAUGAAGCUUUUCCCUGUCCAAGUGGAAAUAAUUGAUAUUAACGACAAUACUCCCCAAUUCCAGUUAGAAGAAAUAGAGUUUAAAAUGAAUGAAAUAACCACUCCGGGGACUAGGAUCCCUUUGCCUUUAUGCCAAGAUCUUGAUGUGGGUGUGAAUUCGCUCCAGAGCUACCAGCUCAGCUCCAACCCCCAUUUCUACCUGGAUGUGCAGCAUGCAGCUGACGGAACUCAAAACCCAGAGAUGGUGCUGCAGAGUCCCCUGGAUAGGGAAGAAGAAGCUGUCCACCACCUUAUUCUCACCGCCUCCGAUGGGGGAAAUCCAGUCCUUUCUGGAACCCUCCGCAUUCGCAUUUGGGUGGUGGAUGCAAAUGAUAACCCUCCAGCAUUUACUCAAGCACAGUACCACUUGAGUGUACUGGAGAAUGUACCUCUGGGCACUCAGCUGCUGGUGGUGAAAGCCACUGACCCAGAUGAAGGAGCCAAUGGGGAAGUAACAUACUCGUUUCACAAUAUAGACCACAGAGUUGCCCAAAUAUUUCAGUUGGAUGCUCACACAGGAGAAAUAUCAAAUAAAGAACCCUUGGAUUUUGAAGAAUACAAAACCUAUCCAAUGGAAAUUCAAGCUCAGGAUGGUGCAGGCCUCAUGGCCAGAGCUAAGGUGCUAAUCAAAGUUCUGGACAUAAAUGAUAAUGCGCCAGAGGUCACCAUCUCCUCUGUGACCACUGCAGUUCCAGAAAACUUCCCUCCUGGAGCAAUAAUUGCUCUGAUCACUGUGCAUGACCAGGACUCUGGAGAUAAUGGUCACAUUACAUGUUCCAUUGCUGGAAAUCUACCCUUUAAAUUAGAAAAGUCAGUUGAUAAUUAUUACCGUUUAGUGACAGAAAGAUCACUGGACAGAGAACUUUCCUCCAUGUACAACAUCACAGUAACAGCAACAGAUCAGGGAACUCCAGCUCUUUCUACUGAAAUGCACAUUGCAUUGCAAGUGACAGAUAUCAAUGACAACCCCCCUGUAUUCCCCCAGGACUCCUAUUCCACCUACAUUCCAGAAAACAACCCCAGGGGAACUUCCAUCUUCUCCGUGGCAGCUCAUGAUGCUGAUAGCAAUGAAAAUGCACAAGUCACUUACUCCCUGGCAGAUGAUACCAUCUGGGGAGCACCUCUGUCCACCUAUGUCUCCAUCAAUGCAGAUACUGGCAUCUUGUAUGCACUGCGAUCCUUUGACUAUGAGCAGUUCCGGGACCUAAAACUGACAGUGAUGGCGCUUGACAGUGGAGAUCCACCGCUCAGCAGCAACAUGUCACUGAGCAUAUUUGUUCUGGACCAGAACGACAACAUACCUGAGAUCCUGUACCCUGCACCCCCCACAGAUGGUUCCACAGGUGUGGAGCUGGCACCCCGCUCCGCAGAGCCUGGCUACCUCGUGACCAAGGUGGUGGCGGUGGACAGGGACUCGGGCCAGAACGCCUGGCUGUCCUACCGCCUGCUCAAGGCCAGCGAGCCAGGGCUCUUCUCAGUGGGGCUGCACACGGGAGAGGUGCGCACUGCGCGUGCCCUGCUGGACAGAGAUGCGCUCAAGCAGAGCCUGGUGGUGGUGGUGCAGGACCACGGCCAGCCCCCUCUCUCGGCCACCGUGACACUUACUGUGGCCGUGGCUGACAGCAUCCCAGGCAUCCUGGCUGACCUAGAGAGCCUGGAGCCCUCUGCUGACUCUGAUGACUCUGGCCUCACUCUGUACCUGGUGGUGGCGGUGGCCGUGGUCUCCUGUGUCUUCCUGGCCUUUGUCAUCCUGCUCAUGGCGCUCAGGCUGCAGCGCUGGCACAGGUCACGCCUGCUCCGGGCUUCAGAAGGUGUAUUGGCUGGCUUGCCUGCAUCACAUUUUGUGGGUGUGGAGGGGGUGCAGGCUUUCCUGCAGACCUAUUCCCAGGAGGUCUCCCUCACCGCGGAUUCACGGAAGAGUCACCUGAUCUUCCCACAACCCAACUACGCGGACACGCUCAUCAGCCAGGAGAGCUGUGAGAAAAAUGAUUUCCUGUCAGCCCCUCCAUCUUCACUUGAAGACAAAAAGGAAACAUUUUCUCAGGUAAACCUUUUGUAG